CAAUAGAUGACAGAAACGUCAUCGCAGUUCGCUUUAAACAAAAAAAAGGAGAAAACAACAAAUGUACGGCAGAAUGAUUUAAAUACAAAAGGCGCACUCCGAAAAAUCAAUAGCGGUAAUAAACAUUUAUCAAUGUUUUUUCAUAGGAUAAGUUAACUAUUAAUGAUUAAAAAAGUUAUAUAAAAGUGUGUAAAUCCAUAAAUAAAAAUGACAUCAGUGGAGAGUGGUUCCAAUUCCACAGAUAAAUUAUCAAAUGAAUCAGUCCAGGUAAUAGUAAGAUGUAGGCCCCUAAGUUUAAAAGAAAUACAACAGGAGUGCAGGAAUGUUAUCCAUAUAUACUCUACAAGAGGUGUUAUAGAAGUCCAAAAUCCUAAAGCGAAAAGCGAGAAUGAACGGAACAAAAUGUUUACAUACGAUGCUGUGUAUGGUGACUGUUCAACACAGCAAGCAAUCUAUGACGAAACAAUACGACCUCUGGUGGCUUCCGUCCUUGACGGUUACAAUGGCUGUGUUUUUGCUUAUGGACAAACGGGAACUGGAAAGACUUAUACUAUGGAGGGUGCUAACGAUGAUGAAAUGGGCAUAAUCCCCAGAGCCUUCGAACAAAUUUGGUCUCAUAUAGCUAGAAAAACAGGUGUCGAAUUCCUAGUUACGGUGCGCUACUUAGAAAUUUAUAUGGAAGAAAUUAGGGACUUACUCAGAUCAAAAACUACAAAAGCUCUCGAAUUAAGGGAAAAUGGGGAGGAAGGUGUCAUUAUUACCAACUUACAUUCACAUACUUGUCAGAGUACCAAAGAUAUGUUCAAAGCCAUGAGAACUGGUAAUCAUAAUCGAACGACCGCUGCUACUAAUAUGAACGAACAUAGUUCCAGAUCUCAUGCUAUUUUUCAAAUCGUCAUUGAAAUGGCUGAUAGUCACUCGAAAACUACAAGAGUUGGUAAAUUGAACUUAGUUGACUUGGCUGGAAGUGAAAGACAGUCAAAAACUGGAGCUACUGGUGAUAGAUUGAAAGAGGCAACUAAAAUUAACAAAGCAUUAUCUUCUUUGGGUAACGUUAUUUAUGCUCUUGCUGAAAACUCCGCCCAUAUCCCAUACAGAGAUUCCAAACUAACGAGGCUUCUGCAAGAUUCUUUGGGGGGCAACAGUAAAACCAUAAUGAUAGCGAAUAUAGGGCCAGCUAAUUUUAAUUACGAUGAAACUAUAAUGACCUUAAGGUACGCCUACAGAGCUAAAUCUAUUAAGAACAAACCAAUGAAGAAUGAGGACAUAAAAGGUGGAAAAUUGUUGAUAAUGCAACAGGAAGUUGAGAGAUUGAGGGCUUUAAUCAUGGAGAAAAGUAGUGGGAUCAAUCUGGAUACUUUGAACUUUGAAGAUGAUGAUGCAGAUUCUGACAUGAGCGGAAGUGAAAAUAUGGAAAAAGAACGUAAACUAGAGUUGGGUAAAAUGGAGGUGGACGAGUUAGCAAGAAAAUUAAAGACGCUGGAGAAGCAAAUGGUACAUGGGGGUAAAGAUAUUGUCGAUAGCGUAAAUGAGAAUGAACUGCGGCUAGAGCAGCAAAGAGCUGAGAUUGCAGAAAGAAAGAAACGUGAAAUUGAAAUGCAACAAAGAAUAGAAUUAGAAGAGGAAACUUGUUCAGAAUUAAAGCAAGUUUUUGCUAGCCUUCAACAACAAGUUGAUUUCAAGAGAGACAAAUUAAAACGUCUCAAUACCAAGUUACAGUCUAUUAGACAGGAAAAUCAAGAUAAUCAUGAAUAUUAUUUGAAAGACAGGCAAGAAAUUGAAAUGGCCAAUGACGAGGCAGCUAUGAAUCUGAGACAGUCAUUUUUGAUAAUUGACAAUUUUGUACCAUCGGAAGAAAGAAGCAGAAUAAUUAGUUUAGCGCAAUUCGAUGAAGAUAAUGAUAAUUGGAUAAUCAAAAAAGAUUUCACUAGAAUAUUACCGUCAGAAAGACCCAUCGCACACAACUAUAGACGUCCCGUUUCUGAUUAUGCUGUGGAACAAGCUAUUACGCAACCAAAGUAUCGAGGUGAAAAUAUUCUCAACCUAAAACUCGACAUGCCUUUAAGAACCACUCAAGACUACACACCUCCAGCCAUUUGCCCUCAAAUUAAAGCCUUAGUUGAUGACAUUAUCAAAAAAGAAAUGGAAAAUAGUCACAUCACUAUUCGAUUACCUCCACAUUCUGUAAUGAGUCGAAGUACCACAUCCAAAUUGGAACAGGAAGGGAAGUAUAAACAAGCCCUCAAGAGUCUUGUAGACGUUCACAACGCGAAGAAUUUGGUUGCUGUUAAAGCAGUACCGCCGAGAUCCGCCAAGUCACCCUACCAAUUAAAACAAAAUUGAGUUUUUUUUUUGCGCUUUAUUGUGAUAUUUAUUAAUUUAUUUUUUAGUUAUUUUCUGUAUGCUACGGUUUUAUAUAGCUUUUAUUUUUUUAUAGUUUAUUAUUUGAGACUGCCAGGGGAAUAAUUGAGAUUAUUGGCCUAUAUUAGCUGUGCCACGUUUAGAAGAUAAACGCUUAAAAGAAUGCUUGUAAGCAACAUCUAACCUUAGAAGAGACCCGACAAGGUGAUUAUUAUUUUACUGCAACAUCAUAUAAUCACCACAUUGCUCUGCGUAGUAAAAAAAGUAUUUUCUCAGAUAACCAAAUAUUCUUGCCUAACUUCUAAUACAAUCCACCCAGACUCAUUAUAGCUGAGUCAAGCAGAUUUUCAUAGGAUCAUGAAACAAGGUAUUACCAAAGUUUACAGAAAUAAAUUAAACGUUUUUUGAUGUUGCAUUUGGUGAUUUAUGAAUGACUGGUCCUGUCUCUUCAGUAUAAUAGGUAUUAUAAGCCAAAAGUAAAAUGCUUGGUAUGGAUUGUUUUUUAUGAUCUCAUUUUAAUUAAUGUCAUUUGAGGCUUCAUACCAGUGAAUUAAUUACCAAAGAUUAAUUUCCAGUUUAUUUUCCUCAUAUUUUACAUCAAUUUCCUAAAGAUUAUUUUAUAUUUGCAAUCCUGCAGUGUAUUUUAGUGUGCAGGAACGGGUACUUUUAUGAACUAACACAGAACAAAACGAUUUUUUUCUAGAUGUCUUCAAUAUAGUUUUUUUUUCAUUGUAAAUUUAUACAAAAUAUUGAGGUGUAUAUUUAAGCACAAAAUCAUUUUAAAUACCUACUUAUUGUAUAAGUUAUUGUAAGGCUCACAUUCGUUCCGUUUUUGUUGUUUUCUAUGUGUAAAAAGAGCAUUAUUUUUGUUAUAAGUUUGUAAGUUGUAAACGUCUUUAUUUACUUAUUUUCUCGCUUAUUUCUUAGGUAUUAGCUUUUUUUUUAUUGUUCUAAGGAAUCAGAAAUCAUUCUUGACCAGCCAGGUAAUUGAAAAUAACAGUUUGCAAAAUAUGCUUGAGUAAUCUUGUGGGCUUUAAUUAACUUAUUUCUGAUUCUUUUGAAUACAGAGUUAUUUAUUUUUCGUUAUACCUACAAGCAUUUACUUUUAAACAAGUUUUAGUAGAGUUUGGUUAAUCCUCCUCGAGCAAAAAGAUGGUAACCCCAUGUGACUGGUUUUGUUACUUCAAAUGAAAUAUCAUGUGAGCUUCUGUUAAUAAUGUCAUCUUUUAGCUCGCGGAAGAUCUACCAAACUCGCCUUUUAUUGAGAUUUUUUUUUUAUGUUUUUAAGUUUAUGCCUAAACUAAUUUAUUCUAUGCAAUGUGUUCUAGUCAAAAAAAUGUAUUAAGGUAAUUAUCCUGUGAUUUUUGAAUAAAAUGUAAUGAAGCUAGCUUAAUUAAAAAAUCCUGGUAUUACUUGAUUAUUUCUUCUUUUUUUUUGUGGUCAUAAGUUAUUUGUUUUUCUGUUGUCAAAAAGGUCCG